AUGAAAUUCGUCGGUAAUCAAUUUGUAUUUCAAACUAAUAAAAUAAUGAAAGACCUUUCUUCACAAGAAGGAAUAGGAAAUAUUGUUGAGAUGGAAGUUUAUUCAUGUAAACAAACAAAAGAAUCAAAGAAAAAUAAUGUACUUCCAAAACCACUAAGAUUUUUAAUAUCUGCUCUUGAACAACACCUACCAGACUAUGAUUUUAGUGAAACUUCUAUGAAUGCCUUUCAAAUUGCAAGCAAGGAAAAGUUAUUUACAGAUCUUGACUUUGCUAUUAUGACAGCUAUUAAAAAUAGUAACGAUGCAAACAAAAUUUUAGCUUACUGGACAAUUGUACUGAAAUCAAUUCUAAAAUUAGACAAAACACAAUUCUAUAUAUUCAACUUUAUUGAAGAUAAAAAUAACUUACUUUACCUUUUAUAUGAAAAAAAUGGAAACAAAGUUGUUAUCUUAAAGGUUGGAAAUCUAAUAAAUACAAACUAA